CAAUGGUGUGAAUCACUGUCGGGGAUAUCUUCUUCGUUGAUUCCAUCUCAGACUCCACAGUCUAGGAUAAAGAGCUGAAAAUCCGCCAUAGAUCGCACGGCAGGAUCAUUGUCUUGAGACCAAGCCACAAGGUAAAUCCCUCUUAACCUAGACCAUCUUGAAAGACAAGUACGCCCAAGCUGAUCUAUAAAAUGCAUUUCAAUCACCCAGCACCGUCGUAUCGUUCACUCUCAACCCCUUGAUUAUCUGAGUCAGUCUGUACAAAAACCGCAAACCACACCCACAUCUGUACAGAAUGGAUUACAGCGGACUCGUAGUCUCCAGCUUCCUGGACCAGAAGAUCCGAUACACCAUCUUCGGAGCGCCGGUCCUCGAGCUCUACGGCAUGGAGGUCGACUACCCGGAUUUCAGUGGCUAUAUCAUCACGGACAAGCACAUCGAGAGAGCCUGCCAAGCCCUCGAGGAUAACGGUCUCGAGAGCUGCCAACAUGGCGCCGACUGCCCCACCAUGACGGGCCACGAGCAACCGCCCACAGACAUACCUCACUUCCAUUUCCCCCGAGAGGCAACCCGGAUUGUGGUGAGUAACCGCCGCGAAUCCAGCACCACCAGCGAUUCCACUGACUCAUCGUCAUCCACAGGAUCCUCCGCUUCCGGCGACGACGAGCCCUACCAGCCGAUGCUGACCGUCCGGAUCUACCGCAAGAGCGUGUACAUGUGGCAGGCGCGCGACCCGCCGCUGCGCCGGCCGCGCGCCGUCCACGUGGAUUACAUGCUGAGCGGCGAGGGCGAGAACCGCCUGCAGGACAUCGGGCGCAACGACGUGAUACUGCCCAGCUUCGCCUGCUGGGCGGAGACCCUGUUUCUGAAUCUGUGUCGCGACCUGAUCGGGGGCAGCGUGCUGCAGGAGCUGUGGAAGCGCGAGCUCGAGAAGGUCGCCCUCUCCAUACAGGACAACAACUACCUGGACAUCGAGCCGCCGUUCGGGGAGCUCCUCUGGAGCUUCAGGGAGAAUCUCCGCCUGCAACAGGACACACUCACGGUCGGGGCCCGACGGACGCUUCGCAAGGUCUAUGAGGAGUUGCGGCUGACCGGGGAGAUGCCCGAGACGCAGGGCGUCCUGUACUCGGAGCUGGGCCUGGAGCCGCCGGAGCUGGAAGAGGGCAGCGAGGACGGGGACGGGGACGGUGACAGAACUCCUACGGCCCAGCGAUCCUAUGAUUCGGAUGAGGGAUCGGGGGAGACGCUUGCCACUGAAAGUCGAUCUAGCGAUAGUAGUGAGUCCAGGACGGCUGCCGGGUCAUCAGACCAACGCGGAUCCAAUGAGGGCGGUUCCAGCGAGGCCAGUUCCAGCGAGGCCAGUUCCAGCGAGGCCAGUUCCAGCGAGGCCAGUUCCAGCGAGGCCAGCUCCAGCGAGGCCAGCUCAAGUGAGAGCAGUUCAAGCCAAUCUACCAGCGAUGAGGAUGAUUGAUUGGUACGUCGGCUUCAAUGGCUUCUGCGCCCCAGACACAUUUCUCUUGUCGGCGACCACUUUCUUCGAAAGUUGCGUUUACCUACAUCGUUUGAAUUGUCAGCAAUUGCACAGUUAUCUAUAUAAAGUCGAGUUUUCCUGU